AUGGCGGGAUCAGUGAUGCACGCGUCGCUCGCCGCGACGCUCUUGGUCUUGGGCUUGGCAUUGACAGCCUCGGCGGAUCAGCUGCAGGCAUCUCCCACCAAUGUGACCCUUCGUGCGUGCUUCAUCAACGGUCCAUCGGAGGCAGACGCCAUCGUUGAUGUCCUCGUCUCGACGUAUGGCGGUCCUGAUUCCAGCCCGCUGAACUUCAGUCAUGUGCCGGGCGAUGCCUGCACAGACUACCUUGCCGGGUUGCCCAUCUUGACUGGAUCCUACAACGUGACCAUCUGGAGUCGGGGGGCCCUCAAACCCACCUAUCGCUUUGACGAUGUUGACCUCGCCGUCCCCAACAGUUCCUGGACUCGCGUCUCCCUCUGGUUCAACUGGGUGAAUGACUCUGCCACCGCUCCCCUCGUCUCGGCCGAUGGCCUGCGCGUGCCCAACGGUGGCGACAUGAACCUGGCCUAUAUCCGCCUCCUCGACUUUACAACCGGCACACCAGCCGGCACCUCGUGGUAUCUGUACUUUCGCAACAGCAACUGCUACCGCUGCAACAACACCCUCAUUGCUCCCGCUCCGACCAGCGGCAUUUCCGAUUACGUCCUUGUGCAAAGCGACUUUGAUUCAGAGUUUAGCGUGUCACCCGGUAUUCGCCGACAUUCCCCUGUCCCCGAGUUUGGCAACCAGUCCUACUGGCUCGGAGAAAAGGGCUUUUACACUGUUAUCGUAUCAGGCUCUGCCUCCGACCCCACCGUGGUGAUCCGGCGCGAUGUGCGUGGUGAGGCCGAACACGGUCCUUCGAUGGCCCCCAUUGGCUUUACUUUUCUGGUGCUGUUCAGCAUCGCGCUCCUCUACUCCCUCUCCAAGGCCUGCAGUCCCCGUGUGGCCGACUGGUGGAAGGAUGCCCCAAAGAAGGAGGGCGAACCGGGCGAGACAACGGGUCUUCUUCUGCAGCACGCCACCGUCAUGCCCUCGGAUGCCGGCAUGCACGCCAUCCAAGACAUGAAGCGCUCCUCGCAGCGCUUGCGUUCCCUGGACAGCUUCCGUGGCUUUGCGCUCACAAUCAUGAUCUUUGUCAACUUCAACGGUGGAUUCUAUUGGUUUUUCAAUCACAGUGCCUGGAACGGCUUGACAGUGGCAGAUUUGGUCUUUCCCUGGUUCAUUUGGAUCAUGGGCACCAGCAUGGCCAUUGCAUUCAACUCCCUGCUCAAACGCCAGACCCCAACCACCACGAUUCUGUACAAGAUUUUCCGCCGCAUGUUGAUUUUGUUUGCCUUUGGCAUCUUUAUCAUUGGUAACUUUCACGACUUGCGCAACGGUCGUAUCCCCGGCGUUCUUCAGCGCUUUGCUGUCUCCUACUUGGUUGUGGCGCUCGUCAUGUUGUAUGCGCCCAAGAUGGAGAGCUGGUGUGCUUCUGUCAGCACCUCCGACUCGCCAACCCCGGCUCUCGUCCGCGGCAUUGCCAAGCCCGGCUCGGGUCACCAGCUUGACGUGGCUGCUGACAUUGCUGAAAUGAAGCCCUGGGUCCGCACUUUUCUGCUUCACACCCGCGACCUCACGCCCUACAUUUGGGAAUGGGUUGCCAUGUUUGUGAUCAUCAUCAUCCACACUUGCAUCACUUUCCUUUUGCCCGUGCCCGGCUGCCCGACUGGCUACAUCGGCCCUGGUGGUGCCUUGGCUGAGUAUGGCCAGUUUGCGCCACCCGAGGGCGAGGUGUGCGGCGAGUCGACCUUUUGCUGCGAAGGUGGAGCAUCGGGUUACAUUGACCGUCAAGUCUUUGGUUGGCGCCACAUCUACGAUCAACCCACAAGCCAGCCGAUCUACGAGACUGGCCCAUACGACCCGGAAGGUCUGCUUGGUAGCCUGACCUCCAUUGUGAUGUGCUUCCUCGGUCUUCAGUCUGGCAAAAUUAUUGUCCACUACAAGUCACACGCGCAACGCAGCCGCCACUGGUUGAUGUGGGCGCUUGUUCUGGGCGUCAUCGCCACGGGCCUGUGCGGCGCCUCGCAAAACAACGGCGUCAUCCCUGUUUCCAAGAACCUGUGGUCACUCAGCUUUAUCAUUUUGCUGGCCAGCUUUGCUUUUUUCUUGUUGACCGUCUUCUACUGGGUCAUUGACGUGUGGCAAUUUUGGGACGGUGCGCCCUUCCGCUACGUUGGCAUGAACUCCAUCUUUAUUUACAUCUUCCACGAGACUUUUGGGGCGAAUUUCCCCUUGAGCUGGGCCUGGAUGGAUGGAGACAACAACCACGGCCGCGAAAUUUUUAUGGAUACCUUUGCCGUCGCCCAGCUCUGCCUUCUCUGCUUCUAUUGCUACCACAUUGGCUUUUUCAUGAAGGUCUAA